AUGUUUGGGGCGCACUUAGGUGGCAUUCUCAGCGCUGGACCAACAACCAUUUUACCGGUUCCGAUUGUAGACAACUGCAAUUUUGUGGCCCCCCCAAUAGACGCUGCAACUGCACGCGAGGUUUUGGGAGAAUUGGUGUUGCCAACACCUGCAAUUGACCUUCACACCUCAUGGAUUUUCACUCUCCAAACCGCGACUGUUGGCCAAACUGCUGAGUUUUCGUUUAGGUCGACCCAAACGUACAUUGACAUCAAUCUGGCCAAGCCUAUCAGGUAUUGGGAUUGGGCUUCCACCUUCCCCGCUGAAAUGCAUCGUCCUUGGGGAAUAAAUGACUUGGGUUCUUUGGAAGUCGAAGUCCAAGCGUUUGGUUCGGACUCGGAGAGAUCACAUUUCAUGUUGUGUCAAGAAAAGUAUCACACAACUAUGCUAUUAAGUCUGUUCCAAGGGAAGCUCAAAGAAAUCCCUUUGCUUUUAACUGUGGCCGAAGCACAGCUGGCCACCGAUGUUCGAUUUGCCGAAAACCAUGUCCUUGCACACCGGAACAACUUCGGAAUGCAUGACAUGUAUACUUUGCAGGAGAGGUUGCGAGGUAAGGUCCAUAAGACGUCGGACACUAGUUAUUCCCCCCCCGAAGGCAAUGUCGCCAUGCUAGAAUUCCUCAAUGCCUUCACGCACUACACGUACUGGCGUACAAAUAAGGCAGCGGUGAUCAACGGAUUUCAUUACGUUGGAUGGACACUGUUUCAUUCUCUCAUUGUCGAUAAGACGUACAAUUGGCAUGCUGGUUACUUCUCUGGCAGAAUUUCCGAUUUUGAAAGUGAUCACCGUUGCAACAGCCUGUGUAGGCGCGUUGGAAUGAAACAACCGGCAAGAUCCUAG